GUGUGGGGCUCGGUCGUGCGUGGCCGGAAGCGGCGCCUGUGGCUGUUGGCGGGGAGGUCGCUGCCAGCCGCAGCCGCGCAGGGCGAAGGUGCCAACUAGGAGAAUGGAUGAUGAUGAUUUUGGAGGUUUUGAGGCAGCAGAAACCUUUGAAGGUGGAGAUGGUGAAACACAGACUACAUCUCCUGCUAUUCCUUGGGCAGCGUUUCCCACAGUAACUGAAGUCUAUGUACCUCAAAAUGUCUCUUCUGAUGUUCUGCUGGAGCAUUCUUUACCUUCUGCUUGCCUUGUUCCUUCUGAAUCCUUCAUUUUAUCAAGUGAUAAUGUAGUGACAGCUGUUCAAACAGGCAACAGCAUUUUAAAUCCAGCUGUUAUUAAAGAACAGGUUAGGUUAUCAACUGGUUCUUCCUUGGAUAUCCCAAUUCCCUCUUUGAGUUUACCUGGUGAAAAGUCUUUAGUAAUAUCAACCAUCUCUGUAGAUGAUGAACAGCGGAAGGGGUCAAAUGGAUCAAAGAGCUGCCUUCAACAAACAGUUGCAAGCCUAGAGACUAAACUCAAAGUUGCUGAAGAAGAAAAAUGCAGAAUUAAAAAGGAGUUAGAAGAUUUGAUGGAAAAACACAGUGUCCUAGAAAUGAGUUUCCUGAAAGAUAAAGAAGAUAUAUUCAUCUCGUACCAAGAUCAUUACAAAGAGCUCCAGGAGAAACAUAUGCAUGAAUUAGAAGACAUGAGGAAAGCUGGACAUGAAGCCCUGAGUAUUAUUGUGGAAGAAUUCAAGGCAUUACUGCAGUCUGCAGUUCAGCAGCAAGAAACAGCCAUUGAAAAACAGUAUAUCUCUGCAAUUGAAAAACACUCACACAAGUGUGAGGAACUACUUAAUGCUCAGCACCAGAGACUCCUUGGAAUGCUGGAAAUAGAGAAAGAAAUGUUAGCUGAAAGGGUAGAAGAAGCUUUGAUGCAAGAAUCACAAAAACAUAAGGAAGUACUGGAAAAAUGUUUGGAUGAAGAAAGAAAAAGAAGUAAAGAGGCUCUGGCAGCUGCUGCAAAGACUGAAAAAGAAGCAAUGCAGGAGGCCAUUUUAAAAGCAGUUGAAGAAGAAAGAAAAAACAUGGAGAAAAUGCAUGCAGAGGAAAGAGAAAUAUGGCAAGCAGAACGUACCAAGGACAAAGAGAAGAUUGCUCAAGCUGUUGAGGAGGCCAUGCAGGAGCAGAGAAAAAGCAGUCAAAUACACCAGGAAUCACUCAGAAUAAACCACAGGCGAUCACUGGUGAUUUUAACAGCCACAACAUGCAGUGGGGCUACAAUGGCACCAAUAAAGAAGGUGAAGCAGUAGAACAGGCCUCACUCCACAAACCACUGGCAUAUACAAAGACUUAAGGCAACAGCGUGAACUAGACCCUUUUUCCGCAAACACCAUCCCUACAGGCAAGGAACUCAUGCUAGCUAUCACAGAAGAACACAGGAAUUCCUGACAGAUCCUGACUGAGUCAAAUGAUAUGACAAAUAAUGGUAAAAAGGGAUGGGCAACAAUACAUAAAGUAAGUGACAACGAAUGAAAGAUAGAUCAACGUCAUAACGUUGCUGUUCAUCAAAUUGCUCACCAGAUGCUUCUCAGUGGAAAAAGCCCCAACACCAAAAACAAAAAAAAACCCCUUAGACUGGAAAGGUACAAAUACCAUGAAGACCUGGGUUUUUCAAGCCCCUUUUCAAUAUUAGAGUUGAAUGCUGGUAUUAACGCACUGAAGACUAGGAAAGCACCCUGCAUUGACAACAUACAAAAUAAAUCAAGCCAUUUUGAACCGCAGACUCAAGAAUGGCUCUUCUGCUUAUACAAUUUUUGCAUAGCCAGUCAAAAUAAUCCAAAAACAUGCUCAGUAGUGGCACUUGUAAAACCAGGGAAAGACCCAUCUGUCUUGUGGCACUUUUAAAACCAGGGAAAGACCCAUCUGACCCAAAGAGCUUUAGACCUAUCUCUCUGCUAUGCCACACACACAAAUUGUACAAACAACCGAUACUGAACCAGCUUGUCCCAUAUGUGGAUAAGCAACCUAAUCCCUGAACAGGGAUACUUUUGCUCUGGAAAAUCAACAAAGAGCCAGCUGCUCAAUCAAACUCAACGUAGUGGGCAGAGUGCAAGAGGCCCCUGUGAGAGGUGGGCAGCAUGAGUGAGUGUGGGUGAAUGAGGCCAACAAAGGACUGAGUUUGCUCCAGCCUCAGAGUGGGGAGCAAUAAUAUUCUGGAUGCCAUCUAUGAGGCAUGGGCCAUGGUGUAGGAGAGGUACCGAGCCAUGGAUAAUGCCCCCCUGGCAUCGGGGCAAUGAAUGGUCAGUCUCCCGGUUAAUGUAUCAUGGUAACAUUCGAGUUGUGGCAGGAGAGUCAGGGCAGACUCCCCCAGGCAGGUGGGUGGGCUAACUUGAGAUCUAUCCCCAAGAAGGCCUCCUGUCACAGUUUUUAAAAAGGCCAUAUCGCCAGAGCUGUGUUCAUCAACCUAACAGUUGCCUACAAUACAGUUAACCACUGACAACUCCUCCAAAAGACCCUGGGAAUGACAAAAAAUAUACACCUUACAGAGCUGAUACAAACCUUGCUCAAAAACAGCCUUUUUUUGUCAAACUGGAUGGGAAGCAAAGCAGAUGAAGGCAACAAAUUAAUGGCCUUCCUCAUGGAAGCGUACUUGCACUGCUAUUAGAGAGCAUCUAUAUGAAUGUCGAGCCAAUUGAUUUUGAGACAAAAUCUUUCAUUAAUGCAGAUGACCUUUGUGUAGCAGCCCAAAACACUGGCUUUGACCAUGUUGAAAAACCCCUAAGCAAGGCACUAAUUAGCCUAACCUCAUACUACAUUGAAAACCAAUUGUGUGCCAGCCCAGAGAAAACUCAAGUAUAUGCCUUCCAUCUGAAAAACCUUGAGACCAACUGCCAGCUCCUUCUUACAGGGUUCAGAAGGGAUCAAACCCUCAUACAAAAAACACAUCAUGAAUACAAAAGCAAUGGUGAGUACUCAUAACAACAUUUUAUAUAGGCUUAUCAACUCAAAAUGGAGAGCUAGCCCCUCAAUCAUCUGAAUCACUGCUCUGACUCUCAGCUUCUCCUCUACUGAGUAUGCAUGCCUUGUCUGGGAGAGAACUAUACAUUCUAAGCAUGCUGACCCCAUUCUGAAUGAUAGCUGCCGAUGAAUCACAGGAUGUCUGAAGCUUACCAACCUAAACAGUGUGUACCUGCUGUCUGGCAUUGUUUUGCCUGACAUUAGAAGAGAUUUGGCUAGCAGGAUAGAAUGAUUGAGAAAAGCUAAGGAUGAGAGACACUUGAUGUACAACCAGCACACCAAUAACUGAAGUCACACAGGAGGCUUCUUUACCAACACCCAGCCUCUCAAAGCAACACCCAAGGAGACACGACUACAGAUGUGGAAUGAGAGCCUGAAGAAAAUACAUGCCACUAAAAAAAUGGACAUUCAAGCGUCCAAAUCCUUGCCACCAAGAGCUGACAAACCAUGGCAAAGGUGGUGGUGUCUCAACUGCCUAUGCACAGGGUUGGACUGUCCCAGGAACUAAUGAAGAAAUGGGGUCAUACCAUUGGUUCAACCACCUGUGACUGUGUCAGAGCCCUCAGACUAUGCAACCCCUGCUCCAAUACCCACUACUUGAAGAUACAAGUACAAUGAAAGAUCUCACAACAUACAAUAAACAAGCACAAGCACAUGAAACAAAAUGGUUAAAUGUGGUGUAGAGACAUGAGAAAACAGCCAUAAAUUUGUAAUUAUAGGGUUUUCUUCUUUUUUCUGCUCCUGCAUACAUACAAUAAAAGAGCAUCAUUUUGCAGACAUGCCUCAGUGGCAUUUUCAAGAGAAGUCCUUUCUGGAGGGAGGAAAUAAUAUUCUUUAUAAAUCAGUGGGAAAAUCCCAGUUAUUUUUAAUAGAACUGAUUUAAUCUAACAAGACAACACCAUUAUUUACUCCAUGAACAUUUUUUAUUAAUAUGCAGUGUUAAUUCUACCAUACUUCAGGUUGAAAUAUAAUUUUAUCUAACACCUUCUGAACCUGGACCUUUAAAAAUUCCACUAGGCCUGUGUGGUGAAAAGUAUGAAGUUCCCAUGAAAAUGUUUCAGAAGUACAGGUGGAAUUUUAAGGAAUCCCUGAUUAAUAAAUGCUAUACUUUGGGAAAAGGUUGCUGUGUCAUUGGAAAAGUGUUAUUAGGUUGGAAAAGAUUCUUAAAUUAAUGCUCAAGCAAAGCAAAGGAAUCUUCAGAGAUAACCAUCACCUGAAUUUACAGACUUCUUUUUUUUGUUUUGCUUUGUUUCUUUUUAAGCUGUAUUAUCCCUCCUUAUGUUAAUUUUUUUUUUCUGAAUUCAUAUUAGAAUGACUACUAGACUUUAUUUGAAUGCAAUAUAAGUACUGCAAUAAAGUAUUUGUUUGUUUUCUUCUA